GCGAAAGUGUGGGAAACCGGCAACACCAAUCAAUAAAGAAAAAAACCAACCCACACUGAACUUCAAACUUGACCCACAGCAACAAGAAGAAAUGAAAAGGAAGUUCGACAUUUCGUAUUUUGUGGUCAAAGAAGAACUUCCAUUGACGAAAUAUGAGAAAAUAAUAGAAUUGGAAAAAAGGCAUGGUGUUUUGCAUGGUUCCUCCUAUAGCAACCGAACUGCAGCAACCAAUUUUAUUUCGUACCAAUCAGACCAACUGAAAAGUCAACUUUCAAAGGACAUUGCAAAUGCAAAAUUUUUCAGUGUCAUAUUUGAUGGAACAACCGACUGUGCAGUUGUUGAACAGGAAGCUGUAUUUGCCAUCUACUUUGAUCCUGAUCCCGACUUAGAUGAUGCCUCAGCCAAUGAUGGCCAAGAGCCAAAGGUAAAAGUACAGAUGGGAUUUCUUUCCGUGGAGAACCUGACAAGUUCCACCGCUGAGGGGGUAGUAGGUGGAAUAAAAUCUGCACUGGAAUCUCUAUAGGACACUCUGAUGUUGGUAUGCCACCACCAAGUCCAAUUGGAUUAGGAGGUGAUGGUUGCAACACUAACCGUGGAGAAAAAGGUGGAGUGAUUGCCUUGCUAAAGAAAGAAUUUCCCUGGUUUGUUUUUGUAUGGUGUGUUGCCCACCGAUUGGAGCUUGCUUUGAAGGACGGUUUAAACGGGACAUACUUCAAAGAGGUAGACGAAUGCCUUUUACGUUUGUAUUACCUGUACGAGAAAAGCCCAAAGAAGAUGAGAGGAUUGGAGGAACUCUACAAUUCGUACAGACAAUGUCUGGAAUUUGUAGAGGGUUCUUUAAAGCCUAAAAGAGCUAGUGGUACAAGAUGGAUCCUACAUAAAGUGCGUGCAUUAAAGUUACUUGUAGAUAAGUUUGGUAUUUACAUGCAACACGUAGAGUCGUUAAGUUGUGAUAACUCUGUUAAGCAAAAAGAUCAAGCAAAACUCAGAGGAUAUUUGAGGAAGUGGAAAACUGGGAAAAUGUUUGUCUAUUCAUGUUUCUUUAUUGAUCUACUUCAGUCUUCAGCAUCACUAUCUGCAGCAUUCCAAGAUUUAGAUGUAGAUGCUGUGUCUGCCUCCCAAGCCAUGUCGAAGGCAAAGAAGCAGCUUGAUAGUUUGAUGAAGAAUGAAGUACAAAACCUAAGAAUUGUUAAGUAUUAUUUGGGCAAGGUAGAAGAUGCUACUUACCAAGGAGUGGAACUCUCCGGAUUUGACGACGCAGUGAAUAGCUUGCAGAAGGAUUUCAGUAUGUAUGUUAAAUUGGUAAAGGGGGAAAUAGAGAGUCGUCUUGAAGGUUCUGAUGACUUCACUGAAGUUGCCACAUUACUCAAUUGUGAAUUGUGGAAUCAGAACUAUAAGAUGGAUGAGAACGUUGAAACUACCAUACUUAAGUUCUGUCAGCAAUUUCAAGAGCCUCUAAAGCAACAAGGUUUUAAAGUUACUGAGCCAGAGCUUCUGGAAGAGUGGCAUGACAUGGUGGAUUAUACUGUGCAGUUCUUAAAGCCUGCUACGCAACAUUACCGGGCAACAUGGUACAAGCUCUUUCAUUCUUCCAGGAUUGUUAACUGGCAAAAUAUUUUACUGGUUGUUAGACUCUUGUUUAGUCUCCCAGUUAGCAAUGCUGCAACUGAAAGGUUUUUCAGCACACUCAAACGGGUGAAGUCAUCCAAAAGGGCCUCCUUGUCGCAGCCAACUCUCUUGAGCAUAUUGAGAAUAACGACAGAAGGUCCUCCUUUGAAAAAAUAUGAUGCCACCAAUGCAGUUUUGGCUUGGCAUGAAGAUAAAGUACGAAGGCCGAAUCAGAAGACACAGAGAUCGUACAAAAAGAGAAGGAGCACCAAAAAGGUUAUUCCUACAUCAGAAUUCAGCUCCAUAUCCAGCUCUCCAACCAUCACUGAUAGUGAUACAGAGAAUGAUGACACCAGUGUCAGUAAUACACAAGAAACUCUUCAAGAACUUCUAAGUGAACAAGACUCAGAGUGUGACACUCUUUUUGAAGAUGGAGAUGAUUUUGAGUAAGAAACAAUGAAGUUGAGUUGCAAAUUUGCAAUUGAGAUAUUUUGUCCACACCAUUAUUGAAAUUAAAUGAUGUGCAAGUACGCCAUAAGAUUAACAAAUAAACUAAUAAUACUUAAAUGAAUAUCUAGUGACAAUGUGACACAGAUAUUAUGUUGUUUAACAUGGCUACAAUAAUUAAAAAUAACUGAAAUUAUCAAUAUGUUUAUUCGGAAAAGACAAAAGUCUAUUCUGAGAAAAAUGUAUAUACAUGUUGAUGAAAACAUAUAGUUAUGAAUACUGUAGUACUAACUAUAUGUAUAAAGUAUAUUCAUUUGACAUUUGUAAACGUUGACUUGUUAACUGAAAGUAACACAAACCUGAAACGCGCAGUAUCUACUUUAUUUUGAGCUUACCAGUGUUUAUACCAACAGUAAUAAUUCAUAGAAUAUUAAUAAGAUACAAAGCAAUUUCGGGGUUACGCACUCGCAAUCGUAUCGCAAUUUAGUAUUUUAAUUUUAAAAAUAUGUCCGACCAAAUUUAGUGAUGUCCGACCAAAUUCAAGUUAUGUCCGACCAAAUUUAAAAGUGAUCGGACAACUGUCCUGUCAAGUCAAAAUAUUUAUUUGCAGCCCUGCUGUCCUGUUUUUAGGGCUAUAGCUCGCUCGAAACACUGCUAGCUAGAAACUCGUAGGGUAUCCAAUUCAAUCUAGAGUCUCUGAAAAUGCCAUUUUCUGCGUUUUAGGGGUCAUUUUAUACAGUUUCCAAGGGUUUAUGGAACGACAUUUCACACCAUCUUUUAUGAUUAUAUUGUACAGAAAAUAAAGUCAAAAGGACCAAAUAAGAUACUUUGCCUGCAUCUAAUUAGUUUGCUUCGUUCUUGAGAUAUUUUUACCGUACUUUUUUCAUCCAGUUUCCAAACCUUUAAUAUUGUAAUAACUAUUGUCAGUGGGAAAGCAGGAAUGAGUAACAAAAUAUUAUUAUUUUUUCUUUCAGACUCCGCUACAUUUGGCUGUACUGACAUGUCAACCUAGUAUAGUAGAAUAUUUAAUGCUACACGAAGCAGACGUAAACGCCAUUGACCGCAAUGGUCAAACUGCUUUACAUUUAGCAUGUAAGAAUGCCGACGUUGAAGAUAUACACGCACUGAGAAACAUUACUCCUAAAGACAGUGAAAAAUCAAUUAAUGUUGAUUUGAAAAAUUUUGAAGGUAAAAAAGUAAAAACCUAUAUGGUAACUUGUUGACGUUACUUUAUAUCUUUGGUAAAUUGUCCAUAUCCAUAAGGUUUUCCGCUCAACCCUGAGUACUAAAUAUAAUUUGCCAAACAGCAUAGAAUUCAAUAUAUUCCUCAAUUUUCCAAGAUUCUUCACCUAUAUAUAUCCAGGGGUGGAAACGUAUCGGACCACGGGACCAUUUGGUUCCAGAAAAUGUCUAAGUCCCCAGCAUAUUUUUGGAUGAGAGAGAGAGAGAAAAAUGAAAGAAAGAAAAAUAAAGAAACAAAGAAACAGAAAAAAUAAGUCGGAAGGGAGUGAGAAAUGGAUGAACUAAAUUGCAGUGCAGAUGUGAGGUCAACAAGGACUUGAAGGACGAGGGUGUUUAUUUAGUAUAAGUUUAAUUACACAACUUUUUGUUCUGCCAAUGACAGUUGACACAGAAAGAAAUUAGUUUUAAACAAAUUGAUUAGUUUAAUUAAAGAUAUUUUUGACAAUGGAUCUAUAUAUACUUCUACAAUGUUAACUGUGAUAUGAAUCUUUUAAAAAUAUUUGAGAAAACUGUUAUCAGGUUUAGCGCCAAUUCAUCUUGCAACUUUAUCUGGAAGUUGUGAAGUGAUUGAACAGUUGUUGGAAAUGGGUGCUGAUGUCGACCUGAAGGUGAGAGAAAAUUAUCAUGAAAAGAUUUAUAAUAUCUACUUAACAAAUAGAUAUCAUUUUGCCGUUUUCUCUUCAGUUACACAGUAUGACCUCAUAGUGUGGUAAGUGGGUCACUGAUAUUGUUACCACCUCCUCUGUGUAUCUAUAACAGACAACAGCAAAAUGUUAUCCAUUUGCUUUAUAUAAUAAAAUUGAAAAAUCAACACUGCUUAGCUCGUAUCGAAACGACGGAAAGAUUUAUACCCAUUUGACGUGAUCUAUGAUCGAUACAUGACAACGCACGUCAUUGGUUCCUGAUGCUUUUGAGAGUGCCGAUUGGCUUAAAGAUAUACGUCUCUGAAAUGACAUCAUUUGUGCGUCUGUCCUCUACGAUGACCAUGGCUCUCGUCCAAUGAAAAGCAGAACUGAGUUUAUUAUAUAAAAUGUUGUCAUUGACGUAGACAUGUUUGAGUCAUAAUGUGCAAAACCACUUUUCUUUGUUCCUAUCUUCGAUGUCGUAUUACUUAAAGAAUUUGACGAAGUUCAAGAUUCAAGAAUAUGAAGGUCAGUUUUUUCAAGACACACCCGAUCUGUGAUGAUCGAAAGCAGCCGGAAACAAAAGCAGCCCGAAAAGUUAUGUUUCGUCACGUGCUCACAAAAGUUUCGGAUUGCCCUGGUCGGUAAUAAACGAACUAAACACUGAUGAAGUUAGGGAAGAAGCUUCUUCCACCUGAUUAAUACGCUGGAAUAAAAAUGAAUUUCAAACACUAUGCAUAUAUAUAACAACGUAUUGGUGCUCCUUUCAUUUGUUGUUGUAGUCACACUGGCCAUUUCUACAUACCAUUUCUUGUGGCAGGCAAUACAAACUCCUGAUGGAUUAUCUGGUGCUGUUCUGACACUCGAACAGUUAUUCAAAAAUAAAGAGCUUAUGAAGUGAUGCACUGAAAAUAUGUUGUUGUGUAUACAGGCUAUAGACAAUUGCUCUGCGUAGACUGUGGAGAAUUAUACUUUGGUUGCCCAAUGAAUGGAAGCUACAGUAUAUAGUCAAUAUUUGUAAAUGAUAAGCUCUAGCCAAUCUUCGUCUCAAUGCCACCGGUUGGUGAAAUUCAUUUACAAAUCCCUUGCCUAUGUCGUUUCAAUGGUUGAGGCAUUUUAUUUGGUCAACAUUUAAACAUAGUUUGGUCAACUAUACUAAAAAUUUCUCACAUUAAGCGUUAACUAUAGCUUUCUUUAAUACACGUUUCCGGAAAGCAAGUCAUCUUGGCUGUAGAGCCUCGUUUUCGUAAUUGAGACGUGGGCUUUACCUGAUACACGAAAAUGAGGCUUUGUAGCCAAAGUGACGUACUUCCCGCAAGGGUGUAUUGGCAUAAAUAUUCCGAUAGUUUAUUCACAUUCGGCUUCAAAAAUAAUUAACACUUUUGGCGGAGAAAGUCGCGUUAACCCUUUAAGUGGCAAUGCGCCCAAAUGCGCCCUACUUUAUUAUUUUACUCUGUUUAACACCAGGUUAUUUUACUGUCUAACGCCAGACGAUUUUACUCGUCAGGGGGAGAGUGCUGCCACUCAGUGGGUUAAUGAUUAUUAUAUAAUGAACGGGAUCUACAUGUAAGAAUAACCGUACAUUUUGACAAUGAAUUGGAAUCACACAUGUUUGAAUAUCCUUCUACUUUAAUUUCUGCUCUUGUAGGACAGUAAAAGCGGACGAACAGCUCUACAUCAUGCGGUUGAAGCUCACAAUCCUAUUGUAACCAGAUUCCUGCUCUUAAAAGAUGCCAAUGUAAAUGCACAAACUUUUGCUGGGAAUACACCGUUGCACACAGCCAGCGGUCGCCGUAUGGAGAAUAUUAUUCAUAUCUUGUUAGAAUUUGGAGGUGAUCGGAAACUGACAAAUUUUGAGG